AGAUUUCGAGAAAGCAGAAAAACGAGAGUAAAACAAACAAACACUCACUCACAAAGAGGAGAGAGAAAAAAAAAACAAGGUUAGAGAGGGAAAGAAUCAAGAGAGAGAAAGCUUGAGAUCAUUUGUUAAUGGAGUUGGCGAGUUUAACUUACUGAGUUAACUCGCUCUCCGUUGAUUUAAUCUAACAAUUUAACCGGAGAAAAUUUUCCGGCGACGAUUUUUUUUUUGCGGAGGUUAGGGUUUUCUUUUUUCUCGAUUGAAUUUCGUUGAAUUUGAGAACGAUUGAGGAGAGAGAAAGUAAGAGAGAGAAAAAAUGACGAUGAACGGUAAGGGAUAUGGCGGAGUUGAAGAAGAGUUUGUAAGGAGACAUCAUCAACAUGAAGCUGCUGAUAAUCAAUGUAGUUCGCUUUUAAUCAAGCACAUUAAAGCUCCUGUUCAUUUGGUUUGGUCAUUAGUGAGGAGAUUCGAUCAACCACAGAAGUAUAAGCCCUUUGUCAGCAGAUGCGUGGUGCAAGGAAAUCUUGAGAUUGGAAGUGUAAGAGAGGUUGAUGUUAAAUCAGGACUUCCAGCUACUACUAGUACUGAGAGGUUGGAGGUUCUGGAUGACAAUGAGCAUAUUCUCAGUAUCAGGAUUGUUGGUGGAGAUCAUAGACUGAGGAAUUACUCUUCCGUGGUGUCCCUCCAUCCGGAGAUUAUCGAUGGAAGGCCUGGGACGAUGGUGAUCGAGUCGUUUGUAGUAGAUGUACCAGAAGGAAACACCAAGGAUGAAACCUGCUUCUUCGUUGAAGCCUUGAUCAAGUGCAACCUUAAGUCUCUUGCUGAUGUCUCAGAACGUUUGGCUGUACAAGACAGAACUGAGCCAAUUGAUAGGAUGUGAUUAGAAGCUCGACACAAGGGAAAUAUACUCUCUCCAUGGAUGAAGCUACCAAGGGUACGGAUUGCAGAAGCCUUGGGGUUGACUGGUACUUCCAUCUUUUUUCAAGCGGUGUUGCAUUCUAAGACUCGUGAAAUUUUCCGCCUUUAGGCCGUCCAAGAAUCACAACUCAUAAAAAGUGUGUAAGAAACGUUCAUAGAAGAGCAAAAGAAAUGGAAAACUGUGUUGUUCUCAAGUCUUUUAGGUCUCAUUCUGUCGAUGCGUCCGUCCGUCUGUCCGUGCUUUGUAGUUGUACAUAAACAUGUGAUUAAACGGGUGUUUGUAGAUCUCUGCCCGUCUUAUAAUUGCUUCCGUGGGGAGAUUAAUGAUUAUAGAGGUGUUCUGAUAGUUAGUCAUGAUGAAUCACAUUAGGGUAAGGAAGGCUUGUAAGUAGUGUUUUCGUUGCCGUAAAUUUAUCCGUCACUUGUGAAUUACUUACUGUCAUUAACUCAUUAUUGUCAUAAACUUAUAGUCAAUCUAUCUCUUUUGUUAGCGUAGGA